GGGGAGGUGCCAGUAACACAGCCCCAGGGCACCCAGGGCCUGGCCCAGGGCGGCACUAGUAGAAAGGCAGAGAAAAGUUGGUGAGGAAGGCUUAAAAGAUGCCCUCUAGGUUUCCAUGGUGAGUGGUCAGAAAGGCAAGUGGGGGGCGGGGCAGGUUUUUGGGGACAGGAGCGAGGAGGAGGAUUUGGGUUUGGACACGUUGAAUUCAUUCUCUUACCAGCUGCGGUUCAAAGUGCUUUUUUGUUUGUUUAUUUUUGAAGGGAGAGGGCGAUGUUAGCUCAGGGUUCCAUCCACAUCCAGAGGCUCUGUGGCUCCGAGAUAAACUUUUCAUGGAGCAUCCUCAGGAGCUGGAGGAAAUACCCCCACUUCUUUCUGGCUAUUUUCAAGGUUCCAGCCAUCUCUGCUCAGGCCGGAAUUUCCAGGAACUGGCAGCUGACUGGAGCCAAUUGGUCCCUCCCAGCCUCCCACUCCCUGCAGGGUGGGGCCCCAUGGGUGGAGGCCCCUUAGGGUGGAGUGGGGUGGGUCUCCAGUGAUAGGGCACCCGGAGAGGCGGCAGGCAGUGGCCUCACGCAGCCCUUCUGGAUUUGAUUAUAUAACGCUUCACAGAAGAGAAUUGUCAGGGCUGAGCAGGCCUUGUAAGACAUGUACCCAGCAGGAGUACACAUCAGGGGUGUUUUUCAAGCGAGUUGGGGUUGCUGGCCCUCAAAACUAAAAGACAAAAUCCGUCAGAGAGCGUGAAGGAGGAAACGGAGGAGGAUGUAACCUGCCUGGGGACAAUGAUUGGGGUUUGCUAAAAUUUCUUUCUGAAAGGCCAAACACCCGAGCACCCUAGAAAGCAUAAUUAAAAGAAUGCUCAUGUUUGACCCAGUCCCUGUCAAGCAAGAGGCCAUGGACCCUGUCUCGGUGUCCUACCCGUCGAGUUACAUGGAGUCAAUAAAGCCCAACAAGUACGGCGUCAUCUACUCCACCCCGUUACCGGAUAAGUUCUUCCAGACCCCGGAAGGCCUGUCGCACGGGAUGCAGAUGGAGCCGGUGGACCUCACGGUGAACAAGCGCAGCUCCCCGCCCUCGGCCGGGGGCUCCCCCUCCUCCCUGAAGUUCCAGGCCCCGCACCGGAGAGCCUCGCCCGGGCUGAGCCUGCCCUCGUCCAGCCCGCCCGCCAAGAAGUACUCGCCGCCGCCGCCCCCCGGCGUGCAGCCCUUCAGCGUGCCGCUGUCCAUGCCCCCCGUGAUGGCCGCGGCCCUGUCCCGGCACGGCGGCAUCCGCAGCCCAGGCAUCCUGCCGGUCAUCCAGCCCGUCGUGGUGCAGCCCGUCCCCUUCAUGUACACCAGCCACCUCCAGCAGCCUCUCAUGGUCUCCUUGUCGGAGGAGAUGGAGAAUUCCAGCAGUAGCAUGCAAGUACCUGUAAUUGAAUCAUAUGAGAAGCCUAUAUUACAGAAAAAAAUUAAAAUAGAACCUGGGAUCGAACCACAGAGGACAGAUUAUUAUCCUGAAGAAAUGUCACCCCCUUUAAUGAACUCAGUGUCCCCCCCGCAAGCCUUGUUGCAAGAGAAUCACCCUUCCGUCAUUGUGCAGCCCGGGAAGAGACCUUUACCUGUGGAAUCUCCAGACACCCAGAGGAAGCGGAGGAUACACAGAUGUGAUUAUGACGGCUGCAACAAAGUAUACACUAAAAGCUCUCACUUGAAAGCACACAGAAGAACACAUACAGGAGAAAAACCCUACAAAUGUACAUGGGAAGGAUGCACAUGGAAAUUUGCUCGGUCUGAUGAACUCACAAGACAUUUCCGAAAACAUACUGGAAUCAAACCUUUCCAGUGUCCAGACUGUGACCGCAGCUUCUCCCGCUCUGACCACCUUGCCCUGCAUAGGAAACGCCACAUGCUCGUUUGAACGCGUCCAUCUCCCGCCUCACCGUGGCUCCCCACUCUCCCAGCUCACUCUCUGUCCUCCCUGCCAUUAUCUAACUCAUUUUUUACAUGUACAUUUUCAUUUUGAUUCAGCUGGUCUGAAUCUCUGAAUUUCUAGCAUUCAAACUUCCAUAUGGUCAGUAGUAACUAUUCUCUAAUCCUCCCUCUCCUUACCACGGGUCAGACCUAAAGAAUGUGAACACUUUUUUUUUUUUUUUUUUUUUUUUUCCGGGGAUGCUAAGCAAACCCCUCUUAGAGAUACAUUUAAUGUAAUGAGAACAAGGGAACAUGUCAACUAACAUAACCCAUUGUCGGUUUCUCCAUGUAUUCCUCAAAAGAAUGUCAAAGUAAAUGUAUUAGAAAUACAGUAUCCAGCCUGCUGGUCCUUCCCAGAGACACCGAGACCUCUGUGGCCUGUGAUCGCGUUUGGUGCUCCACGGCGAAAAGAAGGGUGGGACCUUUCCCACGUUAGCUAGAAGGGCGGAAGGCUUUCAGGCUAGUGCGGUCAGCUUCUCCACUGUCCCUCACCAAUCUGGCUUGUCAAUUUGAAUUUGUCACUCCAUCGAAAUGUACGUCCCUUACCCUCCUUUGUGCCUACAGCUGCUAAGGAGGUCUUUGCCACCCCUACGAGAUGAGCCAGAGCUGGUGACACAGGUGGGUGAUGGACGGAUCGUUGAGGGGAUGGAUGCUGUACUUGCGUAGCAAGAAGUCCGAGCAGAAGGGCAUCGCGCCGGGGCAGAGCAGGGUGGACCGAGGAAGCCAGCCAGUCCUGCUGGGCUAGGGCUUUCCGGGCAGUAUGUUCCCGGAGCUUCAGUCCCUAUGCAUGUUCAUGUGCCGUGUGAAACUCCACUGCGAAGCCAGAUACUGACGGGGUCAUCCACCCACCUGUCUGCAUUUCUACAGUGUCCUUAAUGUGGGUCACCAAGCAUUGAUCGAAGGGAUGCCGCAAAAAUAUUUGCCCAGUAAUGGUAAAAAAAAAAAAAAGCCUUUUGGUUAAGGGUAUGAAUGGCCUUUUACCCCAUCUCCUUAACAACUGUUUUGCAAACAGGGAAACGUUGUGUGGUAAUUGUAUUCCCAUAUCAAAUUAAUCAUGGAGCUUUCAUACGGAAACCCUUCUGUGUGAGCUGUAAGGUGCCAAAUUGGCUGUCAUCUGUGUUCAUGACACACAUCUUAAAUAAGCAUCUGCUAAUACUAAUUCCUUCAAGUUUAGACCUGAGUGACACUAUUUGUAAAUAUCAAUAGUUGUGAAGCACAUGUACCUUUCUUUGGAGGACAGAUUUCUGAAAAAUCUAGAAAACCACAGUUCAGGGAUUCAUAAAUGUAGCUCAAAGUCCCAAAGGUUUACUGUUGGAGCUGGCAGUCUCCUAUCACUAUCAACUAUCCUAUGAGAAGAACAAACUGAAAAUGACUCGUGUUUAUGUUGAAGAUUAAUAGUAACCUUAAGUGGGGGGGGGACGUUUUUCAAAAGCAGGCUUUUGAGCACCAUAGUGUAAAUGCCAAUAAAAAUAAUUCAUGUGUAGAGAUGCCAUUGGUCCUAAAUUUGAAGAAAGUGGGCAACGGUGGUCUAAGGUGGGUGCAUGUAAGCAAGUGUGUCUUCAUCCCUCAAUCAAGGAUGGAGAAGCAGAGAGAAGAAUGGAAUCCUGAAGGUUCAUCCCAGCCGCAACUCAGGAUCCAACACAACUUUAACUGGGAGGAAUGUGCUGUUCAGUUGUGUUCAAGACAGCAGGGCACGAGUGACUCUGGAGGCCUGCAAAUCAUGUUGGGGAGCUUACCUUGAUGGCGCUAUGUUGCUAAAAAUUAGUUACAGGGACUUCGCACCUAAGAGAUCCCACUCAUCAGCCCUCAAAUCCACCAAAAGGAGGUGGCGUUGAGAAAUGCAAAGUAAUGUUAUCGUGGCACUUGGUUUUUUUCUUUUCUUUUUUUUAAAGCACUGCAAAAUUUGUUUAGAAUAUUAAAACAUUCUUAUGAAGCUUUUGUUUUGUUUUCUGCAACUAGGACAUGAAUUGGGAUUUAAAAAAAAAAAACGGCUCUUGGAAAAGUAGGUAUUGUCUGUAUUGUCGACGCUUAGUCACAUUCAUGCCAAAGUGUUCAUGGCUUGAAAUGGUUCUUCCACAGCACUCCAAAGCACGAACGAAGUUGGAGUGCAAAGAACAUUUUUGUCUUAAUGGAGAUAACCAGUUUGUGUGUGUUCUAACCCAUCUCGAAGGUGGGAAAAGGGGCAAGAAAGUGAAGAAUUGAUCUUUGAAUAAUUAUCUCUAAGUCCAGCUGAUAGAAGGCUCCAUGGGUUCUCAUGAAAUUGGAUGUGUUGGCUAUGGCAUAUUUAAAUUUUUUUCAAAAAAGCAAGGCCCUGCAAAGACUAUUAUUACAUUACUCUUCAGCUUGCCUAGAUUAUGCUAACAGUUUUUUGAGAAAGAUACACUUGAACUCUGAAAGAACCAACCCAGGAAGCUCUUCUCUGUUCCCAUGCUGGUCUAGAUACUUUAGGUACCAAUUGGCUCUUAACCAAAUUUUCCUUUUAUAUAUAUAUAUUUGUACUUUACUAUGAUAGUUGAGAAAUUUAGUCUUUAGUAUUUCUAGCUAUUACUGUGGAAGACCUCCAGUACAAGAUAAGUUGCCCUUGAACAUGUGGUUUUAAAUGAUAUGCCAUGUUACUAGCAAUGGUGAUUUUAAUUGCAAUAUUUUCGAUUGAUGAGGAUGAUUUGUAAAGAUGAGGUUUGUGUUGUAUCAAUUCUGUGUGUUAGAGAAGUUCUUUGGUUUUUAUCCAGGUGUCAUCUUGGGGAAGAAGUCAGAAAAAUUAAAUCUGCAUCCGUCAUAGUUUAGAGUUCUAAAAUGUGAAUCUACACCAUACAUGGGCAUUAACAUUUUAAAUCGCCUGUUUGGAGAAUGUGUUAGCAGCAUAGCUAUGUUCAACUAAGGAAAUGCGAAAUACCAGAAGUUUCAAGAGCCUUGGAACAGAUUUACAGGGGAACUAUAUGUGUAUGUGUAUAUUUUAUUCAACACCCAUCUGCACUAUCAGUGUUGCACUAAUGUGGAAAUUUGAUGAACUAUAUUGCUGAGACUGUAUAUCUGCAGGUCAUUCCUGGUUAGAUUGUUUUAAAGACAAUCUCAAAGAUCUGAGGUUUUAAGAUACUUUGAUUGGUUUGAAAAUAUACAGUCCUCUUGAAGGAAUUGCUGUCAGACAUGAAGUUGCUCAGAGCUGUCUUUAUUCUCUUCUGGGUCAAGGUUAACAGUUUCUAAAUGAUUGCAAAUUCACUUAAACAAUACAUUUACAAAGCCAUUUUACAUGCAUUAAACGAGGGCUACAACAAUAUUAUGUUUUACAAAUACUAGCACUUUUUUUUCUUUUCCUGUUAUGUACUUAGUGUUAGAGGGUCAAAAUAGUCUUUCGGCUUAGCAUCUCUUAAACCAUCCCUGCAAGUGUAGCAGGAUUAUUACAUUUACAGUACUUUAAUACUUGUAUAAACUAUGCAGAAAUUUUUAAUAAAGUGUAAUAUAUUUUAUAAGCUAAUAAGACUGAAUGGGUAAAGGUUUUUAGCAUGCAUUAGUACACUUGCAAAUACUGAAAACAUUUUGGUAAUCUUUCUUACUAAAGAUGUGAAUGUUUAAUGUACCUUCUCUGUUUCUACUCUGUAGUCCAAUGGGAAUUCAGUAAUGACAUUUUGUCAUGUCAAACUGUGAACAUAAAUUUGUACUGUACAGUCCUCAUGUACUAUACACAGUAUGCAAUAUAUGUAUUAUAUACUUGUUAAUAAAAUCAUCAGAAUA